AUGUACUAAAAGUCCCAUGCAAAUCUAUGGAACUUCCAAUACAUCUCCUGACUGCUUCAUUCUCUUGGAGUUCUAAAAUUCUGCUGCUGGACCAAUGCCAUGCAGAAACUUUCCAGUGGGAACCAGAGAAGAAAAAACGCACAAGACAAGUCACCAUGAAGUCCCUGGCACUGCUCCUUGUCGUGGCGCUGGCUGUUGCGGUCACCCUUGCUUACGACUCAAUUGAAAGCCAUGAGUCCUAUGAAAGAUAUGACCCCUUUGUUAACUCAAGAAAUGCCAACUCCUUCAUGCCUUCCCAGCAGCGGAACACAAGAAUGCAUGAGAGAAUUCGUGAACGCACAAAGAGUACCCGGGAACGCCAGCGUGAAACCUGUGAGGACUACAAUCCCUGUGAUCGCUAUGCUAUGAGACAUGGCUGGGCUGCUGCUUACAAGCGAUACUUUGGAAAGCGCUAUGGCGAAAAGUAAUUGGGUUCAAGAGCUUUUCCUAUUGUGCGUGUGAGACAAAGAUGGGGCUGGGGCCCCUGUGUUAUACAUGUCUGCUUGUGCUGGCUCAGACACUACUGUGCAGUUUCUCUUUAAUUGGUCUUUUUUAUUGUCUGCACCUUCUAAUAUGCACUUUUCAUAUAUUGUCAUAAUUCUAAAAGGGGGGUAGUGUGAUCUCUGUAGAACAGGGUACAUAAUAUUUGAUCUCUGAUUCUGGGGCUGUAAGUGAAUGCUAUUUGCAUUGUCUUGCUUGGAUGGAAAAUCCUAUUUCCAAAAAUAAAAAGCUGCUUUAUAAUUGGUGUCGACUGUUACACGGC